AUGAGAUCUUAUUAUUGCCUUAUUUUCUUGUAUGUUCACCUACUUUCAUCACAAAACUAUUUUGCUUUUGCUUCAUCCAGUUCACCUACUGAAGCGCAAGCCCUUCUGAAAUGGAAAGCUAGCUUACAAAAUCAAACCCAGCUUAUCAACUCAUGGAUGUACCUUCCCAGUACAAAUAAUGCAAUCAAUACUUCCAGCAAUCCCAAAGCAAUUGCAAACCCAUGCAUUUGGACGGGUAUCUCGUGCAAUGCUGCUGGAAGUGUCAACAGGAUAAACCUUACCAAUUCUGGUAUACAAGGUACGCUACAUGAAUUCUCAUUCUUGUCAUUCCCUAAUCUUGUGUAUCUAAACCUCAGCUCAAAUAAACUUUUCGAUGUCAUACCACCUGGAAUUAGUUCCCUUUCCAAACUCAUUUAUCUUGAUCUAUCUGUCAAUCAAUUUUCUGGAAAAAUCCCCCCAGAAAUUGGUCUUCUAAGAAGUCUCACAUUUCUCUAUCUCUAUGAAAAUAAUCUUUCUGGCACUAUUCCUAUGGAGAUAGGAAACCUGAAAUCAUUGGUGAAUCUAACCUUGAACACCAAUCAACUGAGUGGUUCAAUUCCGACAACACUGGGGGAUCUAACCAACCUUACCACUCUCUAUCUCCAUACAAAUAAUCUUUCUGGCCCUAUUCCUAUGGAGAUAGGAAACUUGAAAUCAUUGGUGGAUCUAGAGUUGAGCACCAAUCAACUCAGUGGUUCAAUUCCGACAACACUGGGGGAUCUGACCAACCUUAUCACUCUCGAUCUCUAUACAAAUAAUCUUUCUGGCCCUAUUCCUAUGGAGAUAGGAAACCUGAAAUCAUUGGUGGAUCUAGACUUAGCCAUCAAUCAACUGAGUGGUUCAAUUCCGACAACACUGGGGGAUCUGACGAACCUUACCAUUCUCUCCCUCUUUUCAAAUAAUCUUUCCGGCACUAUUCCUAUGGAGAUAGGAAACCUGAAAUCAUUGGUGGAUCUAGAGUUGAGCACCAAUCAACUCAGUGGUUCAAUUCCGACAACACUGGGGGAUCUGACCAACCUUAUCACUCUCGAUCUCUAUACAAAUAAUCUUUCUGGCCCUAUUCCUAUGGAGAUAGGAAACCUGAAAUCAUUGGUGGAUCUAGACUUAGCCAUCAAUCAACUGAGUGGUUCAAUUCCGACAAGACUGGGGGAUCUGACGAACCUUACCAUUCUCUCCCUCUUUUCAAAUAAUCUUUCCGGCACUAUUCCUAUGGAGAUAGGAAAUAUCCAGAAGUUGAUAAAAUUACACUUGAAUGCAAACCAAUUUUCGGGUUAUUUGCCACAUAACAUUUGCCGAGCUGGAUCUCUCAGAUACUUUUCAGCAUUCUCCAAUCAUCUGAGUGGUCCAAUCCCUAAAUUCUUGAAAACCUGCACUAGCUUAUUCAGAGUCCGUCUUGAAGGGAACCAAUUCACAGGCAAUAUAUCUGAAGUCUUUGGUGUUUAUCCAAGUCUCAAUUUUAUAGAUUUGAGCAAUAAUCAACUUUAUGGUGAAAUCUCACCAAAUUGGGGAUUGUGCCAAAAUUUAACAACCCUGCGAAUAGCUGCAAACAAACUUACUGGUUCUAUACCGGCUGAGAUUGGAAACGCAACCCAAAUUCAUGAGCUGGAUCUUUCUUCAAAUGGUUUAGUCGGGACGAUUCCAAAGGAGUUUGGGGUAUUAACUUCAAUGGUGAAGCUGAUGUUGGACGACAAUCAACUUUCAGGUCGUAUUCCUUUAGAGUUUAAAUCAUUGACUGAUCUAGAAUAUCUUGAUCUAUCAGCAAACAAAUUCAAUGAUUCAAUUCCAAGUUUUGUAGGUGACUUUCACAAGUUAUAUUACUUGAAUUUGAGCAACAACAAGUUCAGUCAAGUAAUUCCAUUUCAGUUAGGGAAGUUAAUUCAGCUGUCCCAACUAGAUUUGAGUUUUAACGUAGUUGAAGGUCGGAUACCAUCCGAUAUUAGUAAUAUGCAGAGUCUGGAGAUACUUAAUAUAUCCCACAACAAUCUUUCUGGUUUCAUUCCAGCAAGUUUUGAAGACAUGCACGGGUUGUCGUAUGUAGACAUAUCCUACAAUGACUUGGAAGGUCCACUUCCCAACAUCAAAGCAUUUCAAGCUGCUCCUCGAGAAGCAUUACAAGGGAACAAGGGCUUGUGUGGCAACUCAAGUUUUUUGCAACCCUGCAAUAAAAAAAGCCCAAAAAAGGACCAUAAACUCGUCUUUCUAAUAAUCUUCCCUAUUCUUGGAGCAUUUUCGCUUCUAGCCUUUAUAUUUGCAUUGGAAGCAAAAUGGAAAAAGAAGAAUCAACAUGGAGAAAAAACCAACAAGAAUGAAGAAAUUUCUUUUUCAAUAUUAAAGUUUGAUGGAAAGACGAUGUUUGAGGAAAUCGUAAGGGCAACAGAAGAUUUUGAUCCCAUUUAUUGUAUAGGGCACGGAGAACAGGGAAGUGUCUACAAAGCAACUUUGUCAUCCACUUACACAGUAGCCGUGAAGAAACUCCAUUUGCCAAGCGAUGAUGACAAGAAUCUUCAGAAGGCAUUCUUAAAUGAAAUUAGGGCACUAACUGAGAUGCAUCACCGAAAUAUUGUGAAGCUUUAUGGUUUCUGUUCACAUAGGCUGCACUCAUUUUUGGUGUAUGAUUAUCUGAAAAAGGGUAGUUUAGCAACAAUGUUGAGCAAAGAUGAGGAAGCUAAAGAACUGGGGUGGAGUAAAAGAGAGAAUAUAGUUAAAGGUGUAGCUCAUGCCUUGUGUUACAUGAUGAUGAGUAUGAGUAUGAAUAUUUUGCUAGAUGAUGAGUAUGAGUCCUGUGUGUCGGACUUUGGCACUGCUAAGUUCUUAAACCCAGACUCAGCUAAUUGGACUGCCCUUGCAGGCACAUAUGGAUAUAUUGCACCAGAGCUUGCUUAUACGAUGGAAGUAAAUGAGAAGUGUGAUGUUUAUAGCUUUGGAGUGGUGACAUUGGAGACAGUUAUGGGAAGACAUCCUGGAGAUCUGCUCUCAUCUCUAUCUUCGGGGGCAUUACCAGCCCAUCAAAUGCCAGUUGUGGAUGUUUUGGACCAACGCAUUUCCCCUCCUACAGGUGAAGUUGCAGGAGAAGUUGUCUCUGUUUUGAAGGUUCCAAUGGCGUAUUUCCAGAACGAUGACCUCGAGUACGUCGUCAACGACUACAAUGGUGACGUCGUUGAGUUUAAGGAAGACAACGACGCUCUUACUGAUAACCAUCCCUGCCGAAGCCUCGAGGUCGUAGACGACGACGACCUUGAUUCGGAGUGCUUGCAAGUGGAGAAGGGGAAGAGUUCUUAUGACUUCCACUACAACACAAGGCUUGUCAGGUCCACAAUUGUGCAUUUUCAGAUUUCAGCUUUUAAGCAGGGUGGAGUUAGAGCUGCUGGUGUGACUUUGGUUAUAUGGGAUGAUAGGAGAAUAUCUGAGCAUUUAAGAGACCUCUGUAGCAAGUUAGCCAUUUCUGUUAUUUAA